AUGGUCAUCUAUGUGGAUGAUAAUAAUGCUUUUGGUAUUGCCGAAGUUAAAGCAUAUCUUCAUCAGCAUUUUCAAAUAAAGAACUUGGGUGCUCUCAAGUAUUUUCUUGGUAUUGAGGUUUUGAGAAACAAGAAAGGUAUAAGCUUAUCUCAGAGGAAAUAUGUCCUUAACCUUUUGACCGACACUGGAAUGCUUACUUCCAAACCACAACAAAUACUCUUAUGGAUCCUCAUCAGAAACUUGGAUCCGAUAAAGUGUCCAAAGAAAAUUCAGUGGGAUGCUGCCUACUGUGUGUUGCGCUAUCAAAAGAGUGCUCCUGGUAAAAAUCUUUUUUAUCUACCUAAUCGGAAUGCUAAUCUGGUUAGGUUCUCUGAUGCUGAUUGGGCCAGUGCUGAUGGUGAUAAAUGGUCUACUUCUGGUUAUUGUACCUUUGUGGGUGGAAACUUGGUUAGUUGGAAAAGCAAGAAACAAACCACCGUUGCUUGA